AUGAAACAAAUUGUCCCUUUCGACGAUUAUUUCAAACAAAAACCUGAUGCCACUAGAAAGCUUGGUUUCUCACCACAAGUGAAGAUGACAACCACCAUACGUAUGCUUGCAUCUGGUACGGCAGCUGACCUCAAUGAUGAUCACUUGAAGAUAGCAGAGACCACAUCCUUUGAAGCUUGCAAGAGAUUCUGUCAUGCAGUCAACAACUUAUACGGAGCUGAAUAUCUUUGUAAACCAACUAGGGCGAACCCACAAAAAUUGCUCCAAAAAGCUGAGGAACGGGGGUUUCCUGGCAUGCUAGGAAGCCUUGACUGCAUGCAUUGGGAGUGGAAAAACUGCCCAAUGUCAUACACGGGCCACCAUGGUGGUUCAACCAUAAUUCUUGAAGCGGUUGCUUCUUACGACACAUGA